AUGGCAUCGAAAGCCCUCCUGCUGUUCGCCCGAGCCGCCCGCUCAGCUGCGGCGGCCACGUAUCGCGUCGCCAGCUUGGCUGAGCGGAGGGCGCUCUCUCCGGGUCCGGAGGCGGUGGCGGUGGCGGCCGCAUCUGAUGGUCCUCGCUUAAGUGGAGGUCGUUCCGCCGCCGCCGGACCUACCCACGGCACGGCUGCACCUCCCCCCGCCAUCGCCAUGGACGCACCUAGCCCCCGAACCGGCAGCUGGGUUGCCUCCGCCGCUCCAUCAUCAAAAGAUUUGUCCAAGCCAGGUGAUAGGGUGGAGUUUGUGCCAAAGGAGGAGGACGUUGAGUCAGAUGAAGCCCUGCGGGACCUGUAUGAGCGCUGGUGUAAGGCUUUUAACCAGAAGCGUGAGCCUGAUGAGAUGGCUCGCCGGUUCAACAAGUUCAAGAACAGGGUGCUGUGUAUUCACAGUAUGAACAAGGCUAAUCAGUCAUGCAAGGUGGGACUAAUCAAGUUCUCUGAUGGAAAGCUAGCGGAGAUGUGUGCCAAUCGUGAUCCGCAUGGUCGUAUGCUUGCACGGAAGUUUCCAAAUUCAUGUCUUCUUUGGAAAGGUGAUGGCAAAUUUCUGAAGCAAGUCUUUGCUGAUUUUGCUGUGGUUAAUGGAAAACUUUUUGUGUACUUUCCUUUGGAGAAGGGGACACGCGUCGCAGAUAAGAAGGAAAUCUCUACUGAGUAUGAAGUUGUUUAUGGCAGAUUGUUUGUUGCAGAUCUACCUGAGGGACGUGAGCUGUUAGUCCCAAAUGAUGAGUUCAUCAAGCGCCGCUGGAUCCCAUACCUCCCCUGA